AUGCGCAAAGUUUCAAAGCCUGGGAACUCUGAAGAAUCCCAGAGAAUCCCGACGGGCUCAGGGAUCAGGGGUUGUGAGAUCCCAGAAGCGAUCAAUCGCAAGAUUAAAUGUUCCGGAGACAAACCAUGCUCCAGAUGUCAAAAGACUGGUCGCGCCGCUGAGUGCAAGUAUGCGGAUCGGGAUCGCAAAAUCCGGGUUGAUGAAAGUCAGGAGCUUCAUGCCGAAAAAGAUAAAAGAGUCCGAGAAACCCCAAUAGAAACCAUAACAAGGCCUUCAGAUCAUGCCAGCUCUACUCAACAGUCCGACUUAGUCGAGAACGAAGCAUGGUUUCAAACACAGGAUUCCUCAAGUCUUCCGCUUUACAUCAACGAGGCAGCUUGUAUUGCAUUUGCAACCCAACUAUGCCAAUGUUUAAGGCCGACAGACUCUCUGGCGAUGCAUAUUCCUCCGCGGAACUAUACUGAUGAGGAGACACUGUCGUCGCUGAACCGAGCUGAUACACCUUGGCCUAGAUUUGCAGAUGCUCAAUUACUUGUAAGAACAGCACUUGGUCAUAUCAAUCCCGGAUUCCAUCUAGUCCGAACAAAAGAAGUAUUGGACGGACUGAGAAACGUCUAUGAAAAAGGCAACUUCAACAAUUCGAUCACCAAGUGCAAGUAUUUUGCUCUAUUUGCUGUAGGAAAAGUGUACUCUAUAGGGCAAAGUUCCUCCAGCCCUUCAGUUGUUCCUGGUACCGAAUACUUUGCUCGAGCUUCAUAUCUCAUCCAGAUCAUCCCAGAAAGACCCAGCAUGGCUCAUAUUGAGAGCCUGCUUCUUUUGUUUCUCAAUAGGAUUCACUCAUCUUACCUUCUGACAGGCAACGCAUUGCGGCUGAGUCUAGCCCUGGGCUUGAAUUACAAUGUCCCACGGAGUCAUAACCUGAGCCCAAUAGAGCGAGAACAUCGCGUUCGGAUCUGGUGGUCUAUUUAUAUCCUUGAUCGCUUCUGGGGAUCAAAAUUGGGAUUUCCAGUACAGAUCCAUGAUGAUGAUAUCCACGUGGAUCUCCCAUCAAGGCUAUCUUGUGCAGGAUAUGAGGAGCACUUUUCAGAAGUGGCGUAUCAGAUUGCGGCCAUAGAGCUUGCAAGAAUAACAGGACGUGCUACAAAAGAGAUUUACACUCGCAAAAAAUCUCCUGAAAGCCUUCUGCAACGAGAGCAAAAAUUUCUGAUUCAAUUGAGGCAUUGGGUGAAUUCUCUGCCAGAAGAUUUGCAACUCUCCUGUAACAGACCACAUUCCAAGCAUACCAUUUUACUGCACUUGCAAUUCAAUUAUUCUGUCAUAAUCGCUAUUCGCCCUGUGUUGUUGAACUAUUUAGCUUGUGAGAGCCGGGGCGAAAAUAUGACACUUGAUCAAGAAUCAAAACAGACAUUCACAACUCUAAGCGUGGCAUGUAUUCGUGCAGCGCAAUACUCGUUGAAGCUCUGCUUGGAAGAAUGGACAAAUGGAUCGCUUGACAUCUUUGGAUACUCAUUUCCGGCUUUUAUAUUCUCUUCGGCGCUUGUUUUGAUCGUGUCCAGCCUCUUGCACCAUGAUAAUGCCACGGAUAUAACAGCUUUAGAGACAGCGACCGAAAUGCUGAAGACACUCAGCGCUUCCAAUAAUUUAGCAGCAAAGGACUUAUACGAUCAUCUCGAGCGAGUUAGCCAGUGCUUGCAUCGGAGCUAUCCUUCUCGUUUCGUUAUUGACGAUAGAGUUGAACACCCGGCUUUCGAGAUUCAGGACAGCUUUACUACCCAGAAGCAGCCACCAAGCGAUCUGCCAGGGUUUGAGAAGUCAGUUCCCGAGAGUGCUUCCGACAACAUUGAAUUAAAUGUUUCAUCUGAACUGACAAGUGGAGGCAUUCUUCAUUGUUCAAUGAUGCAAGACUUUUUGACCAAGCCCACUUCGGAAGUGGGCCUACUGGAAUUGCCAGAGAUGCGAAACGUUUUUGAUGUGGCUUUCUUGGGCUUUGAUCAUGUCUUGGAGAACUGA